GCAGUCAACAUACCUUAGUUCAACUAUGGUGUUGUUUACAGAUUGAAUCAUUCAUUCAAUCUGUAAUAUGAAAAAAAUAAAAUAAAAUUUUUCAGCACUUGCUUGGUCAAAUGGCCAUGACUUACUAUUACAGUGGCUGUUGUCCCAAACAAGUAAGACCAUACAAAAUAGACUGUCUAAUUUAGUUUUAGCACUACCAUCCACAUCUGGUCUCACAUAAAUGCUGAUAAGAACUUUGGGCCAUGACCAACAUAGAGCUUCAACUGGUGUUAUUAAGGAAUUGCAAAGCUGAGCAAGGAUUGGAAAGAGAUUUUACUCACAUAAUAUCACAUCCUUCUGAUCUUUGUGACAAGUUGGUGGCUGAAGGGUAGGUAACAUAUAAGCCCCUCAUAAAUCAACCCAUGCCCAGAUGAAGCCAACAAGGAUUUAUUGAGGAAUGGAGCCAUCCCCUCCACCCACUGCCCUGUGCUCAGAAAGAAGCCAGAGAACUGCUGCUGUGGAAAUCAAUCCUACCUCCUUCCCAACCUACAUGCUUUUUGGUUGCUUUACAGUCAUUUGAACAGGAUGCAAUGGCCAGCAAAGUCCAAUCCAGGCCCAAAUGUUCUCAUUUUGUUCCAACUUUCGCAUUGUGGGAACAACAAUGGACUUCUUUAGUGCGGUGUACCAUCAUAAGCAUCUGAUGAAUGUCUUCACCCAAAUCACAUCCAAAAACUCCAUCAAACGCUUGGGGACUUAGGUAAAGUUAUAUUAAAGGAGACUGAACAGAGACAGUACUCUCGUGACCAGCUUGAGAUCCAAUCACCUUCCUGUAACCUAACCCCUAUAAUUCUCCUCCCUGCUUUCUUUGUAAAGCCUGCCAAUGAAGUAUUUUUAACCAUCCAAGUACAAGACGUAAUUGGUGAAAGAUGGGAGGCGACAUUCUAAAAUCUGAACUCUCGAUUUCCUUACCAGUUGGUGACCAUAACAGCACUCAGUCUCUGUCACGACUCUUAUUUUCCCAAAUUCAAAGAAGAAGCUAAAACAGAGCCGGCUUCAGGUGAGGAAAAGAGGAAUCCCAAUAAAGGGACGCAAAAAGAACCGAGUAAAUCAUAAAAAUUAACUAAGGGAAGGCAAGAAAGGAUGAAACAGCAGCAAAAAGUGGGAAGCUGCAGUAAAAUUACAAAUGUCUUAAGGCCUCUCUCUCUCUCUCUCUCACUGUUCCACAUCUUUAACAUUUUGUUUUGUUCUGUUUUUUCCCCCCCUUGUUAGUCCCCCACAGCAGCCCUUUUGUUUAUGAGUUUCCGUAAAGCUGGCAGAAGACAACAGCAACAAAAGUCACCAGAGCACAGCAGCUUGCUGCAGAGAUAGGAAGAAAUGGAGAGAGAAAUGUAGAGCUAAAGAUAGGGAGAGGAGCUCUCUCUCCACUCCUCUGGUUUGACAGACCUGCUCCUGCCCCUUCUGCUGCUGCUGCUGCUGCUGCUCCUGCGCUCUGUCAUGAUAAUAAGAGGAGCAGGAGUCUACUGCCCCCAGGUGGCAGCACCACCUGCAACCAUUCUGACAGCCAUUAGCAUUAAACUAGUGGCUUUUACCCAAAUGACAUGGAAAGGCAUGCACUAUAUAUCAUCACUCCACCACCCUCUCACUUUUUCUUUUCCCUUGAUAUUAGUUUUUUAAGUCUAGACCAAGUCUCAGAGUCCCUUGAUUUAUCCAUGCAACCACACAGAAGAUUCUGCAGCCCACACUCUGCCUCUUGACUGAAUGACCCAUCCUAUGCACCCAUAUCAUAAAAUAAUCCCCACCCAAAUCUACUUGUGUUUGUAUAAUCUCUCUUCCAAAACUCCUCAGCAUUAAAUGCAAGCAGGCCCCCCCACCCCACCCUUUCCUCUCCCCUUGUUGUGGCAUGUAACACCAUACAAAUAUAUCAAUAGAUAUUGGAAGACAUAGCUCCUGCCUCCUUCCUCUCAGCUAUUCUCCUCUUGCUGUUCUUAGGCUUGUGCUUUGGUUUUGAGAUGAUGAGUGGGAGGAGCAGCUGUAGAUAUCCCUUCACACCAUCUCAAUGGCAGGAGCUGGAGCACCAGGCUCUGAUCUUCAAGUAUAUGGCCUCAGGAAUCCCCAUCCCCUCCGACCUCAUCCUCCCCUUAAGGAGGAGCUACCUGCUGGACUCCACCAUCACCUCCCCAACUCUGGGCUUCCCUCCCCAGCCUUCAAUGAGCUGGGGCUGGAACCAGGUGGGGUUUGGCAGGAAGGCAGAUGACCCAGAGCCAGGGAGGUGCAGGAGAACAGAUGGGAAGAAAUGGAGGUGUGCCAAAGAGGCCUACCCAGACUCCAAAUACUGUGAGAGGCACAUGCACAGAGGCAAGAACCGUUCAAGAAAGCCUGUGGAAAUGUCCUUGGCCACCACCCUCCCCUCUUCCACCACUUCUUCCACCUCCUCCACCUCCCACAACCCCUCCCCCUACCCCCCUCCUCUCUCCAUCUCCACCCCCGACUCUUACCACCUUCUGUAUCCCUACCACUCCUCUUCCCGGCCACCUGGUGUUGGCCUCAGCACUCCCCACUUCAAUCUGGACGCACCAACCUACACCCAACCUGACAAAGACUACAGGUAUUGUCAUGGAAUGAAGGAUGUGGAUGAGUACAGCUUCUUUUCAGAGGCCUCAGGAAGUGAGAGGGAGAGCUCAUGGCAGUUCAGGCCACUAGGAAUGAGUUUACUUGGAGAGAGCAAGAAAGGGAGCUCUGCUCUGCAGCAGAGCGCUUACGCUCAGUGCGAGAGGGAUGCGGAGGAGAAGCAGCAGCAGCACUGCUUUGUUCUGGGAGCUGACUUCAAGCUGGAGAGGCCUGUGAAGGCGGAGAGGGAGCAGGAGGGCCAGAGGCCUCUGCGCCACUUCUUCGAUGAGUGGCCGCAGAAGAGCAAAGACUCAUGGGUGGAUUUGGAACAGGAGAACCCCAACCAGGCUGCUGCUGCUGCCUACUCGAAGACCCAGCUCUCAAUCUCCAUUCCCAUGUCCCAUCACGACUUCCCGGUCACCAGCUGCCGAUAUCGCAAUGAUGACUGAGUUCUGAAAGGCUUUCUGUGUGAGUUGGGACCAAAGAACUCAUCAAAGCUCCAUGGCAUCUUGUCAGACUGAAGCUGUUUUCUAAUGGGCUUCAAUGCCCCUCCUUGCUUGCUACCCAUUUGUUUGUUCUUUUUCUUUCUCAACUGAUUCUGGGAGAACUUUACAUUCCUCUUUUUUGUUUCCUCUGGCUUUGUUUGCUCCAAUGGCUGAGGAGAAGCCUUUAGGAAUCAGUAGAUUGUUUCAUCUAUAAAUAUGUUUAUCAUGUCUUUUGUUAUCUCUGUUAUCUAUUUAUAAAUAGUUAUCUGGCUUUUCUGUGGACCCAUGAGAUA